AUGGUUAAUUUAUCGUCUUCAAAAUUUCAUAUCGCAGAUGCUACGGAUGAGGAGAUACAGCAGGCACCGUCAGACGGAAAUCUAAAGAGCCACGAAGAUUCUAUUAAUCGGAGCAGUACGCCAAAAUUUGGGUCUAUAUCGAGAUUUUUUUUCAAUAAGGAACAAUCGGUGUCGUCAGAUGUAUCUAAUGCUGAUUCGACGGUUAGCUCCAACACGGACAGCUUGAAUCAUAGUCAUGGGGCCAAAUUCGGUGUGACGAACAGCGACACGAAAGAGGACGAGCAUGAGGAUCAGAAACAACAGCCAGGCUUGAAUAAAUUGAAAAGUUUUUUGAGGCUUUCUUCGAAUUCGCUCCUAUUGUCGAAUAAUGCUUCGAAUGAUAAUGGGGACCCUCAUGGUCCGAAGGGAAGCGAAGCAAUAACGCCAAAUGCUGAUUCACUUACCCCAGUACACAGCAAUGAAAAUAGAGGUAAGUCGAAAGAUGACAGCGAAGAGAGCCAUACUGGGCAUAAAGAUGGCUCUAAUGUAUCGACGAAGCAAGAGGCUACCGGCGGUAUGAUGAAAAAGUUCAUGCUUGGCAGAAAGAGAUCAGUUUCAAGUCCAACUAGUCCCAGUGUGGGGAACAGGAAAACACAACCAAGCAAUCUCCUGGUCAAUACCCAGGCUCUGAAGGACGUUCCAGAAAUUGUUACUGAAAACACAGAAAGUCCUGUGAUUUCAUCUAAUCUUUACUUUGCCCAUCAAGGUUUACCACCUCAUAUUAAUAAUCAGACCAAGAAUAAUCAUAAUCUCGCUGCAAACGCAACUAAUGAAGAUGAUAUUUCUGUUGCUUUAAGACAUAAUGAUUCUGUAUUCUCACUUAAUGAAGGAGGGGUUUUGAAGCCUCCCAAUGUAUACCAAUCAAAGUUAACUACAAGUGACGAAUCAGGAUCUGAGCCCGAAGCAAUACCAGAGCAUACCGACUCAGGCGUCAAGACUCCAGUAGAGAGCAAUUUACAGAAUAAGAGUAAGUUGGAAGUUCCGCUGCAAACUUUGCCUCAUCCUGGACAAGCUAGCCCUUUCCAGAAGACGUUGAGAAGAGUUGCUUCGGCUCCAUUAGUUCACAGGUUACUCAAUGAUUCAAACACAAGGUUACCACAAACGAGGGCAUAUGUUUCAAACGAUGAUGACUUUGAUAUCACCGAACAUAUUGGUGAGUUAAAGAGUGGUAGACCUCGAACAUUAAGUAGAGGUAGAAUGUACUCAAGUGCUUCUACGAAGAUCAUGGAUGCCCAAGUUAAUCAAAACAGUUUCAAGAAAAUUAGAUUAUUAGGUAAAGGUGACGUUGGUAAAGUAUAUUUGGUUAAGGAGAAUGCGUCAAAUAAAUUGUAUGCAAUGAAAAUCUUAUCUAAAAAGGAAAUGAUCGAAAGAAACAAAAUCAAAAGAGCAUUAGCUGAGCAAGAUAUCUUGGCAACCAGUAACCAUCCAUUCAUUGUUACCCUAUAUCAUUCAUUUCAAUCAAAUGAUUAUUUGUAUUUAUGCAUGGAAUAUUGUAUGGGAGGUGAAUUUUUUAGAGCUUUGCAAACAAGGGAAACUAAAACAAUUUCUGAAGUUGAUGCUAAGUUUUAUGCAGCCGAAGUGACUGCUGCAUUAGAAUAUUUACAUUUAAUGGGAUUUAUUUAUAGAGAUUUAAAACCUGAAAACAUUUUGUUGCAUCAAUCAGGACAUAUUAUGUUAAGUGAUUUUGAUUUAUCGAAACAAUCGGAGAGUACAAAGAAUCCUGAGAUUUUUUUCAAUAAAACAUCACAUGGUUUAAGCUCUAACAGUAACCACAAUGGACCAACUUUAGACACGAAAGCAUGUAUUGAUGGAUUUAGGACUAAUUCAUUCGUUGGUACAGAAGAGUACAUUGCCCCUGAAGUUAUUCGAGGUAAAGGACAUACAAGUGCAGUUGAUUGGUGGACUUUGGGUAUUUUUAUCUAUGAAAUGUUAUUUGGUACAACUCCAUUUAAAGGAAGGGACCGUAAAAAAACAUUCGGCAAUAUUUUGAAAAAGGAAGUCAAAUUUUUAGAAACUCGCUCGAUUUCCUCCAGUUGCAAAAGUCUAAUCAAAAAACUAUUGAUAAAAGAUGAAGCAAAGAGAUUAGGUUCAAAAACGGGUGCAUCCGAUAUUAAAAACCAUGCAUUUUUUAAGAACACUCAAUGGGCUCUAUUAAGACAUCAGAAACCUCCAAUGAUUCCUGUUUUAAGCAAGACUAAGAAAUCGGAUAGAAUUGAGAGGUAUGAUAGUGAAGAAGAUCAAGCCACAGAUAGCGCUACCGAUAUUUCGGAGAAUAAGGAUGUUCUUAAUGAUCCUUUUGCAAAUUUCAGUUCUGUCACAUUACAUUAUAAUGAACUUGACUCAGGUAGUGAUCAAAUGGUAUACAACGAAGCUGACAGCACAUUAUACACUAGUGUUGCAUAUACCAUGACUAACAAUUCUUCUCCAAAACCAAAAAAUUUUUUAAAAAGAUGA